UCCCCGCCCGCUCCCCGCCGCCACCCCGCGUAUCGCUCACCUCGGGAGGGGGCCGUGAAGGUGGCGGCAGAGGCAGCCCCGGCUGCGGCGCGCCCCGCAGCCGUUCGCCGUGAGGGAGCUCCCCGGCAGCCGCCAGUGAGCAGUGGAGCUGGAAAACUUGGCAGCGAACUCUUCUGUUUUUCCUGCUUGCAUCUAUGGAACCUGGUUUGCAAGGAUCAUUUAGGCCAUUUGAUAACAGAAGAAUUUGUACACAAUGAGAUUCAGCUGGAAAACUGUGCCCUGGAGAGUGAGUUGAUAUUCACCACUACACUAGAACUCUUCUAGAUAUGUCAUGCUUAUGCCAUUGUUGAGUUGAUGAGAGAAAGACAACGUUAGACAAAGAAUUCGUAAGAAGAUAGGGAUGGAAAAGGUUGAUACUUAGAUAGUCUGAAAGAGGUAACUAGUGGAAGACUUUCACCACAAUUGUGAAAAAUGAGCAGUGUCAACCUGGUCUGUUUCAAGCAUUCUGAGUGUGGUGCCAUGAGAGAUGCUGUUCAUGAGAGGCUGGGAUUAUUAUGAUCAAGUGCUGUGUUUUGGCUUCCCCCAGGUGCUAAAAAAUUUGUGGGGUAAAGAGGAAGUGUUGGACUUUUAAAAAAGUUAAACAGGCCGUGACAGAGGGUUAGCCCAGAUCAGUGGAGUCAUGCGUCACACAGCUUUAUCAUGCUGGCAGCCGUUCCUGGGUCUGGCUGUGCUGCUUGUCUUCACAAGCCCCACUGUGGGCUGCCCGGCCCGCUGUGAAUGCUCGGCACAGAACAAGUCUGUCAGCUGUCACCGAAGACGUCUGAUGUCCAUUCCAGAAGGCAUCCCCAUUGAGACCAAAAUCUUGGACCUCAGCAAAAACCGACUGAAAAGUGUUAACCCUGAGGAAUUCACAUCAUACCCAUUGCUGGAGGAGAUUGACCUCAGCGACAAUAUUGUCUCCAAUGUUGAGCCCGGAGCUUUUAACAAUCUCUUCAACUUGCGCUCCUUGAGGCUGAAAGGAAACCGUCUGAAGCUGGUCCCCCUUGGGGUGUUCACUGGGUUGUCAAACUUAACAAAGCUUGAUAUAAGUGAAAACAAGAUUGUCAUUUUGCUGGACUACAUGUUUCAAGAUCUGCAUAACCUAAAAUCCCUGGAGGUUGGGGACAAUGAUUUGGUGUAUAUUUCACACAGGGCCUUCAGUGGGCUGCUUAGCCUGGAGCAGCUCACCCUGGAGAGAUGCAACCUUACAGCCGUACCAACAGAAGCUCUUUCUCACCUCCACAACCUCAUCAGUCUGCAUUUGAAACAGCUCAACAUUAAUGCUUUGCCGGCAUAUGCCUUUAAAAGACUGUUUCGCCUGAAAGACCUGCAGAUAGAGGCCUGGCCCCUCCUGGACAUGCUGCCUGCCAACAGUCUGUACGGUCUCAACCUGACUUCUCUCUCCAUCACAAACACCAACCUGUCUGCAGUACCUUACUCUGCUUUUAAGCAUCUGGUUUACCUGACACAUCUCAACCUCUCUUACAACCCCAUCAGCACCAUUGAGGCAGGCAUGCUGUCAGAUUUAGUGCGCCUGCAGGAGCUCCACGUGGUAGGGGCACAGCUGCGCACCAUUGAACCACAUGCUUUCCAAGGGCUCCGAUUCUUACGUGUGCUUAACGUGUCCCAAAACCUGUUAGAAACCCUAGAAGAGAAUGUAUUCCAUUCCUCUAAAAGCCUUGAGGUCCUCUGCAUUAACAACAACCCACUGGCCUGUGACUGCCGUCUUCUUUGGAUUUUGCAGCGGCAGCCAACUUUGCAGUUUGGUGGCGAGCCACCAAUGUGCGCUGGCCCAGACAGUGUCAAAGAGAGGUCAUUCAGAGACUUUCACAAUACAGCUCUCUCCUUUUACUUCACCUGUAAGAAGCCUAAGAUACAAGACAAGAAGUUGCAGUACCUGGUAGUGGAGGAAGGACAGACCGUGCAGCUGAUGUGCAAUGCUGAUGGGGACCCACAGCCUACCAUCUCCUGGGUUACCCCACGCCGGAGGCUGAUCACAACAAAAUCAAAUGGUAGAGCCACUGUCCUGGGAGAUGGCACCCUGGAGAUUCGAUUUGCCCAAGACCAGGACACUGGGAUCUAUGUCUGUAUUGCAAGUAACGCAGCUGGAAAUGACACCUACUCGGCCUCCCUAACGGUAAAGGGGUUUACUUCAGACCGUUUCCUUUAUGCCAACAGGACCCCUAUGUAUAUGACAGACUCCAACGACACAAGUUCUAAUGGAACUAAUGCAAACAGCUACUCUCUGGACCUUAAGACAAUAUUGGUGUCUACAGCUAUGGGCUGUUUCACAUUCCUUGGAGUGGUUUUAUUUUGUUUCCUUCUUCUUUUUGUGUGGAGCCGAGGGAAAGGCAAACACAAAACCAGCAUUGACCUUGAAUAUGUCCCUCGCAAAAACAAUGGUGCUGUGGUUGAAGGGGAGGUUUCUGGACCACGAAGGUUCAAUAUGAAAAUGAUUUGAUGGUAUUCUUCUAGCAGUGCUUUUUCUGUGGCAUUAAAACCAAUUAAAGCAGCCUGGCAUGUGGAAUUGCUGGGCAGAAGCAGCUUAAUGCAGCUGUCAGUGUAUCAAAAGGUUAUAUGAAAAUGGAAAGACUAUUUGUGGUUAUACAACAGAGCCUCCAGACCUUGAGGCAGAUGUGUCAGGGCCUUUCAUAGAACUGGGAAAUUGUACUAACUGUUUGCAUUGCAAAUAUUGGCAUUCUGGGGAUAUCAGCAAUGAACCACUGGCUCAUGCUCAUGGACAAUUGUUCAACAUUUUCUACCGCAACAAAAGGAAAAAGAAAAUAAAACCUACAGUGUAGGAUUUACAUACUUAAAGAAAAAGAUACAUUUGUCUAAACCACACCCUACAGUGAAAUUUUUAUCCAUAUAUCUAAUUGGUAAACCUUUGCAUCCUCCCUUCUAGUUGGUUCAACACAACAAAAAAAUCAGUAGUUGUUUUUUGUUUUUUGUUUUUUGGGUUUUUUUUAAAUCUACAUCUAUACUGUGUACAUUUUGAAGCAAUACAAAUGAGAGGUUGUGCUUUUAGAUAUCCACCAGUACUGACCCAAGUGUGAUGUCACCCAUCUUUUAACUUCCAUCAAACCCAAAUUAGAUCCUUGUAGUUAUUAAUUAGAAAUAAUAUAAGAUAUUUUUCUCCUCAUGUAGAAGGCCAGAGAUGAAUAGUUGAGAGCAAAACCACUCAACUCUGUUGAUCUACUCUUCAUAUAAAUAUAAGGCAUGUGCCUAAUUUUGAUACAGAAUGGAAUAUUUUUUAUAUCUGUGAUAUCACACUGGACCAGUUUACUGUAAUAUAGCCCUGGUUCUCACACAGGGAGGGCAACCCGUUAGUCAAUGCUGGCAUGGAGGAGUUCAGUUCUGCCUUGAAGAGAGAGAAUCAGUUUUGUUAGUCCUAAUUUUAAUUUCAAAGCUGCUGUUAAAAUGUUAAUGUGUACUGGGCCAAAUAAAGAGCAUAAUACAUUCUGCAGACUCCUUGGGAAAUAUGGUCAUCUUACUCUUUAUAUAAGUGAAUUAAAACAUACAAACACUAGGAAUGAACUCUUCUCCAAUGCCAAGUAAACUACAGCUGUUCAUUCAUAAUAUGGGGAUUUACAAUACUAAAAUAAUAUUUAAAACAUUAUAGCCUCAAAAAGGCUAACAUACUGCCAGAUAUAAUGAACCUCUAGCCACUGUCAUUCUCAUCUUGUAUAUCUGUAGAUA